AUGAGAACUCUGAUGCAGCCAGUAGCAGAUGCCACCUCCUCCAUUAACACCAGGCUCCUCCCCCUGGACUCCCAGCUGCAGGGAUUGGAAAAUGACAAGGGGAAAAACAGGUCUAUUGGAUUCCGGCCCGUAUCGAUAGCCCCGCCCACAUUCACAUUAAAACUCAAAUCUUUUUCGGUUCAGCCAGAGUUUAGUCGGAUAGGGAUCAUUAGUAUGGCUAGCUCGAACUCUGUACAGAUUCUCGGAUUUCUACUGCUUUUUGCAAUUCUUCUGCAAACCAUAGCUGUGGCUGUCACUUUUGUAUACUUCACCAACGCCUUAACUAUGUUGAAGGAAACAUUUUCCAAGAGUAGUAUUUCCUGCCUGGGGAAAGCCAACUUAAACUCCUGGGAGCUGUUGGGAGACAUUGAAGUACAGAACGAGGAUGAUCCCUGCUGGCAGGUCACGCAACAGCUCCACUUUUUAAUAGAAAAGACCAUGUCAAAUCGCUAUCAGAAGGACUUGUCGUCUGCUGUAAAAGAUGAAGUGUCCCGAGUCAUUCCAUCCCUCACCACUGAAAUCCAAGGAUCUCUACGCACUGAGAUAGCAGCUCACCUCACCGGGAACUUCAUGAGGAAUGCACAAAAAGCAGGAAGUGCAAUGAUGAGGAGAGUCAAAGGGCAAAAGAUUCAGAUGUGGGAAUCUAAGAAAGGCCUGGCAUUCCUGCACAAUCUGCAGUUCAAGAAUGGCGAGCUGAUCGUCCCGAGAACUGGACUUUACCACAUCUACUCCCAGACCUAUUUCCGACACACAGCUCCCUCUGAUGGCUCUGAAGUGUCUCAGAGAUCCGUAAGGAACAAACAGAUGCUGCAGUACAUUUACAAAGUAACCUCUUAUCCCAACCCCAUACUCUUAAUGAAAAAUGCAAGGACAACAUGCUGGUCCAAAAACACAGAGUACGGGCUGUAUUCAAUCUACCAAGCCGGAGUGUUUGAACUGAAAGCUAAUGACAGAAUAUUUGUCACAGUCAGUAACAUCAGUGUAGUUGACAUGGACGAAGAGUCGAGUUUUUUCGGAGCCUUUUUGGUCAGCUAAAGGAAAUGAAUAUAGGGUAGGUGUCUCGACUCUUACUACAUUUCUAUAUCUCAUACCCCAUUUACUGGGGUGUGCUGUCAAUAACUGCAAACGCUUGAAGAAGAGUUUGUGAUGGCACCAGUCUGCAGAGCCGCCUUUGUGCUAGAGUCGUGCGUUUCCUAUGCAGGCAAGAUUCAACCCAGCUGUGCAUUGAUGCCUCGGGGCUCCGUUGCACACAGUAGAGGGUGGUUCAGGGCUGGUCUUGGUGGUUUUCCUGCCUGGAUAUAGAAAGACGUAGAAAACUAAUACAGGUCCUAUCUAACAUGUAUGGGUUUUUUGUCAGAAACAUUGGCAAGUGCUGUCUUACAGAAUUCGUGUCCAGGGUAGGGUCACCAUAUGACUCCAUGCACACUAUGACAGUUUGAGACAGUUCAGGCUUUUCAACUCACAAUGUACGUUUUACCUGGCUCAAGUACCUGUCAAAGCAGGAUUACGUUUACCAGAAUGCAUUGGGGUGUGAGUUGAAAACUCCAAACUGUUUAAGUGUACAUGGAGUCAUGUGGUAGCCCUAGUCCAGGGUUAACCCAGCUAAUGUUCAUAUGAGUUGGAAGAAAGAGAAAACUGACUUAGAUUCCUAUAGUAGGAAUUCUAGUCUGACGGAGCUUAAUGAACUAAUGUUAACACUACAUUCUCUUUUUUAUGAGAGCGAUUAACAGAGAUCUGCAAGGGAAUCCAUUAUAUUCAGUAUUAGCAAAAUAGUGGGUUUCAUCCCACAUGCUGCAUGUUCUGUAUAUUUUUACGUACUCUGUAUUGUAAAUAUUUUGUAUAUUUUGUAAAACUUAUUAUUGUCUCACUGACACAUGGUGUAGCACUGUUAGCAAUGGUAAGUAGUAUUGAAUGCUUACGGGGUAACUUAACCCAUUAAGUACCAAAUAUAUUUUUAUUUGAUAAAAGUCAGAACGCAAGCUGUGUUUAUGUCAUUUGAUACAUUGCAUUUAGACCCAACUUUUGCGGUUAAUAAAAUUAGAGUAAGGUAUUAGAGGAAUAUAGUUAAAGAGGAAAUUAAAAUAACUGGUAGAUACCAAUUAAAAAUGCUCCAAAUAAUUGAAGGUCAAAGGUUUUCUAAAUCUUCUCAAUUA